UAUCGUUAAAUAAUGAGACAUCUGUAUGUCGGAUGAAGUAGGCCAGUAUUUUCGAGUAAUACACUGGAGAUUUUAAGCGUUAUUGUGGAUAUUUUAUAUUUAUGUUUAUGGAAUCGUAAAUUCGUCAACGAUGAUGCUGUUUGAGUAAGCGUUUUGAGAGUUCAGUGAGCUGGUGCUGGUCGUUAUCAGCGAGCCAUUUACAUCAACCCCCAACACUUCAAAACGACAUCACAGGUGAAGGUCCGUUAUCAAUUAUAGACGCUGUACAGGUUCGUUGGUAAAAACUCUUUGACGUUACCUGUGAGCGUAUAAUUACAGGUAAGGGGACCGAAUAUUGACUUUAUAUUAUCUACCUGUGGAACAAAUACACGCUGGGUAAAUGAUGGAUUUAUUAGGAUUGAUUUUGUGACACACCCGUACGUAGAUAAUUUAACUGUUGGCUCGGCAGAUUAUGGACCAAUCUCCUUAUGAUAGCUUUAUAUAAGGAUGGAUAGCAGACGUUCUAUGAAGUUGAAUUUGGUAUGCGGAUUAUAUAUAUAUAUAACACGUAUUUCUAAUGAAAAGACGGAUCAAAAGAAAACAGUAUGACUAUACUAUACGGACCAGAAUGUGACAGCUGCUCUUUGGAAGGAAACCCACGUGUCUACAGAACAUCCAUUUCCGACAGAGAAGUGUUUUGAAGAUGGUUUUAACGGCAGCUAUUUCAUCCGAAGGGGAAAUUAGCUUGACUGGAAUCUUGUCCUAUUUAUCACAAGAGAAUCACUUAGUCAGAGGUUUAACCGUUUAUCACUACAAGCGUGCUCUGUGAUGUGAUAGAACACAUGCUCCCGGGAACAUGUUCGUUGCCCAAAUUAAUGGACCCACUUCAAUCUCCUCACCCUUAUUUGCCGAGGUCGACGAGAUAUUGAUUUCUGAGAUAUCGAUUUUGUGUCCAAUAUUUCAGUACUAUCGUAGUUGUGUGUUUGGUGGGAACCCCGUAGGUAAUAACGUACACACUGUGUUUGGUAGGAACCCCGUCGGUAGUAACGGUACACAGUGUGUUUGGUAGGAACUCCGUCGGUAGUAACGGUACAUAGUGUAUUUGGUAGGAACCCCGUCGGUAGUAACGGUACACAGUGUGUUUGGUAGGAACCCCGUCGGUAGUAACGAUACAUAGUGUGUUUGGUAGGAACCCCGUCGGUAGUAACGGUACACAGUGUGUUUGGUAGGAACCCCGUCGGUAGUAACGGUACACAGUGUGUUUGGUAGGAACCCCGUCGGUAGUAACGGUACACAGUGUGUUUGGUAGGAACCCCGUCGGUAGUAACGAUACAUAGUGUGUUUGGUAGGAACCCCGUCGGUAGUAACGAUACAUAGUGUGUUUGGUAGGAACCCCGUCGGAAGUAACGGUACACAGUGUGUUUGGUAGGAACCCCGUCGGUAGUAACGGUACACAGUGUGUUUGGUAGGAACCCCGUCGGUAGUAACGAUACAUAGUGUGUUUGGUAGGAACCCCGUCGGUAUAAUAACGUACACAGUGUGUUUGGUAGGAACCCCGUCGGUAAUAACGUACACAGUGUGUUUGGUAGGAACCCCGUCGGUAGUAACGGUACACACUGUGUUUGGUAGGAACUCCGUCGGUAGUAACGGUACACAGUGUAUUUGGUAGGAACCCCGUCGGUAGUAACGAUACACAGUGUGUUUGGUAGGAACCCCGUCGGUAAUAACGAUACAUAGUGUGUUUGGUAGGAACCCCGUCGGUAGUAACGUACACAGUGUAUUUGGUAGGAACCCCGUCGGUAGUAACGGUACACAGUGUAUUUGGUAGGAACCCCGUCGGUAGUAACGGUACACAGUGUGUUUGGUAGGAACCCCGUCGGUAGUAACGGUACACAGUGUGUUUGGUAGGAACCCCGUCGUUAGUAACGAUACACAGUGUGUUUGGUAGGAACCCCGUCGGUAGUAACGGUACACAGUGUGUUUGGUGGGAACCCCGUCGAUAGUAACGGUACACAGUGUGUUUGGUAGGAACCCCGUCGGUAAUAACGGUACACAGUGUGUUUGGUAGGAACCCCGUCGGUAAUAACGGUACACAGUGUGUUUGGUAGGAACCCCGUCGGUAUAAUAACGGUACACAGUGUGUUUGGUAGGAACCCCGUCGGUAGUAACGGUACACAGUGUGUUUGGUGGGAACCCCGUCGAUAGUAACGGUACACAGCGUGUUUGGUAGGAACCCCGUCGGUAUAAUAACGGUACACAGUGUGUUUGGUAGGAACCCCGUCGGUAGUAACGGUACACAGCGUGUUUGGUAGGAACCCCGUCGGUAAUAACGUACACAGUGUGUUUGGUAGGAACCCCGUCGGUAGUAACGGUACACAGUGUGUUUGGUGGGAACCCAUCGGUAAGUCAAUUCCUUGAACAGUGAACUACAUUCAGGUAAAAAGUCAUCUUGGAAAAUCUGAAUCUUUGAAGGUGUGAUGACCGUUGUAGCAAGGACGUAAAGACUGUUUGGAAGUUAUAAAAGAACAAGCACACAAGAAGUGGAAAUCGGGGGAAAAAUCAAUGGACGGCGUAAUAUGGCAGAACCGACUCCUGUAGUUAUAUUCCGGAAGAAUAUUGCCACACAGACCAUUUUGGAGUACUAAACAUAUAAUUCAAAUAUCGAUCGUUAUGUAUGAGAAGUAUUGAAGUUUGGUCAAUAGCUGUGUUUCUACCAUCGGCCUUUGGACGUAUGUACGGGAAAUAUUGAUUCUUCCGAAGUGAAUACGAUUAUAAUCGAUCGGGAGAAAGUAAGACGGUUGUUCCACAGAAAGGUUUUACCGGGGAUAACUUUAGAAGAGAGUAGACCAAGUUUUUCAAUAAUUGAACUUUAUACCAAACGACAGAAACUAGCGCAGGGCGUGUAAGUGUUGUUCUACAUUGACUGAACGACUUGAUGUGGUAUUGACUUUCAAACGGUGGACGUGACGGUAUCCAAUGGACAAACCCCUGACGUGACUUCUCUUUGUUUUGGAAAGGACUUCACAUUAGAAAACAACCUGAGGGAAUCAAUUUCAAUUAUCGUUCAGGGAUUUGGUAUUGAUCUGGCGUCUUUGUGCUGGCCUAGCUCACAAACUACCCAAAAGUCGAUACUGAUGUAAAACUGAAGUGCGGAAAUAAAUAGUUUUCUUAUACAUGUAGAGGUGUAUAUGCAAGGUUUUUGCUUGAUUUUGUACCCAAAGUUCGUACAGCUAGUGUCUCUCGUUGCCAGGAAUUUACUUUGGAUAAAAAGACAGAUCGGUUACAGUAUAUGAAUAUAUACUUGUGUUUAUAGUCUCGGCUCAACCCGUCACCUUGGAUACCUACCUAUGCGUGAAUUAACUAAUUGUUACUGUGAAAUAACUGGAGGUGUCAAUGCUGUUCUGUGACAGGGGGCAUCUGUCGGUCACAUUCGCAAUGGAGCUCUCGUCGAGAAAGCACGUCGCUGAAUGAUCCAGUAGUACGGGAUCGCUGAGUCUGUGAACACGUGUCUAACGCGAGUGCACGUGCCAGAAUGUGUUUGAUGGUAUCUGACAUCGUUGCAUUGAAAACUUAAACAUUGCGUGACUUCGAGUAUCAGUCAAACGGUACACUAGUGUGUAUGGGCAGAGAUUGAACUGGUGCUGUUUUAAAACAAAGGGAAGUAGAGUUUCAAUAAUUUCCAAAAUGUUAGUGUGCCCCUUGUGUUUUUGAUCGGCUGUUCCAUCCAUUACGUGGGUGUGCUGUCAUUACUUGGAAACCGGUACCUGAUCAUACACGGAGUAUAACAGCCUACUCAAAGUUGGCUGUGACGUGCACCUCGUAGGAAAACAUGAGUGAGAUGUUCCUAUGGGAAUUGAUUUUAUGAUAUUCCUUAUUUAUAUAUAUCCCACGGCGUUGGUGUAGCUAGCACCUUACCGACGGUACCAAGUUAGUGGUAUACACACCCUGGUUGUGACGCCAACAGAUAGUCGCGUGCUAGUGAUAGCCAUGUAACUCUCUACUCCAGAGACGGAAAUAUUGGACUUACGUCAAUGAUGUUUGGAUUUCUCAACAAUAUCAGUAUGGGUCGUCCCUUCCCGCCGGAGCGAUCGAUGAAUGAGUACAAGACAAAGACAGGAAUUGAUACGAGGCUACGAUUCAGUCUGGAGCCUCCUCUUGGUGACAGUGCCUUCGACCAAUGGAAAGAUGCUAUGCAAGCUGUUUCUCGGUUACCGCUGGGAAUACCAGACGGAUUCCGCAGAAAGGUGUGGAUCAGUUUGGCAGAAAAUCAUAUCAAAGAACUUCGAAUUGACUGGGAAAAAACAGUGCGGUUUGUUUUCAACGAGAGGAGUAAUCCAGAUGACAAUACCUUGGGCUUACAGAUUGUAAAGGACCUCCACAGAACAGGCUGCAGUGGAUUCAGUGGUCAGGAUAACGACGAGGACCGUGCUGUAUUGAAGCGAGUUCUGUUGGCCUAUGCUAGAUGGAAUAAGACUGUGGGUUACUGCCAGGGUUUCAAUGUCAUUGCAGCUCUGUUACUGGAGGUCAUGGAGAGAAAGGAAGAUGAUGCUCUCAUGGUGAUGAUCUACUUGAUCGACCAUGUGCUACCCGACAGUUACUUUGCUAACAACCUGCGUGCCCUGUCAGUGGAUAUGGCAGUGUUUAGGGACCUGCUCGGACUCAUGUUUCCCAAACUUUCCAAACACCUGGAUUAUCUGCAGUACGCUGCACAGGACAAGACCACAGGUGCUAACUAUGAGCCACCCCUAACCAAUGUAUUCACCAUGCAGUGGUUUCUCACCAUGUUUGCCACAUGUUUGCCCAAGGCUGUGGUUCUUCGUGUUUGGGACUCCAUCUUGCUGGAGGGAUCUGAAAUCCUGCUCCGUACAGCACUGGCAAUUUGGGGCAAAUUGUCAAGACGUAUUCUGUCGGUGGGGAGUGCAGACGAAUUCUACUCACUCAUGGGUCUACUUUCACAGGACAUGAUGGAGGGCAAGAUCUUUGAUGCAGACGCCCUCAUCAAGUUCAUCUACUCAUGCGCUCCGUUCCCGAUGCAGCAGCUACCAGAACUACGAGAGAAGUAUACGUACAAUAUUCGCCCCUUCAGCAGUGCUGCAGGUACCAAGAAGGGUAAUGUUGUCGGGGGGAUGGUGUUACCAAGUGACGAAGAUGACCUUGAUGAAGAAGACCUUGAAGCCAUUACAUGUUUCACAGGAAUACUACCAGGUCAAAUUGGACAAGGAAAAUCAAAAGGAUCAGAAGGGGACUUGGUGGGGCCAAAUGCAGACAUUUCCUCCGUGGGCCCUGGUGCGUAUGGGGCUGGAAUGGACUCGAGUGCUCUAACCAAUAGUAACCUGUACCUGGAACGCAUGUCCACCGACAUCAGCUCACUCAAGAAACAGUACCACCGACUGAAGCACAGGCAGACUCAGGCUCACAUCAUACUAGCAGCUGCAUCUGCCAAGCAACAAGCAAAAACAAAAUUCAUCACUCCGAAAAUAGAAUCACCGAAGGCCAUCAACCAUCUAUUUGUGGGGAAAGGUUCAGUUGAAGGGAAAAACAAAAUGGUCGCUGAAAGUCCAAGGAUAGCCACUGCAUAUCCCCAGGCUACCAUUGUACAUCAUUUCCUACAGGAAGUUAAAAAACAAAAGUCACCAAGUCGACGGCCAAGGCGACCAUCAGAAAAAUCAAAAGACCGAGAAAGUACAGGGCUAGAGAAAUCUUCAUGUGAUCCACAGACCAUAUCUAUAGAACCCAACACUAGUGAUGUGUUGUUACCACCAUCAGGGAAAUUAACAGAUAAAUCUGGCUCAGAGGGAGAUAUCACACGCAUCACCGAGUUCAAAAGGUACGAAAGCAAACAUUUAUCAGACCAGGAAUUAAACAGGAAGUCAAAUGUAAGCAGUGAUAUUAGGCUUUCAGCUGAAGGUACCUUGACUAGUAUUUAUCAAUAUGUUGGACAUGCUUCAACUGAAGGAAGUGUACAAGGUAUUGAAUCAAUGUCAAGCAGCUUUGAAAAUGGGCUGCCUGCAUCUCACAGUUGUGAAGGAAACACAUCUCCACAUUCCAGUAUUUCUGUAUCCAAAUCGUCCAAUGUCUCCGACGUUUCCAGUGUUUCUAGUCCUGAUGAGGGUAGCCUUAAAAUGUUUCCACUGAUCUGGAAAAAUGUUGAACGUUUAAGCUUAGAACAUCUUAAACAAGAAGAUUUAUUCUUAGAGGUGGAAGGUGAUGAUGCUGGUCCUGACAAUGGUGAUGUAGUGGUACAUACAUCAGUGGAGACUCACAGUACACCAGAUACUGACAGUAAUUUAGCUGGAGAUGUAACAGAGUCUCUAGGUGGCCAGUCUGUGAGUGGGAAUAAUGUAAACCAAAAAACACCUCCAACAGACCAAAGUUUACCUUCCAACUGUGAUAUUCCUGUGAGUCCAGUACUAGAGGAUCAUGAGAAAGGUAUUGUUAAAGACUUAACAGAAAAGUGGUUCACAACAGAUAAAUAUACAAGUCAAAAUGGAGGAACCAAGCUGUCAAAAUUAGAUAUUGAGAGAGCAAAUUCAUCUGAGAACAGCCCUUCUGUGAUUCAAUCACCAGAGUCAAAGAGACAAGCUUCAGACUCGGACUCUAGUUCUUUGUUAAGUCCAUCAGAUUCUGUUUCAGAAAGGUGCUUUGGUUACAGUAAAAGAUCUGGAUCAGAAAGAAGCUUGUCUCAGAGUUCUCAGGACUCUGUUCUUUCAAAUCAAGUGAUUUCAGAACAUUUGGGAAAUUACUCGAAAAGUAAGUCGGCAAUGGUGUCGAAACCCACAAAACAACAGCCUUUCAGUCCAUUUCCUGUCAAACACUUCAAUGAAAACAGAGCAAAAACUGGAAUUAAGCUGGGUAUGUACAAGGCAGGUACAAUUCAACAACUGGGGAAGCAAUCAAAACAGAAAGUUGUGUGGAGCAAGUAAUAUAUCACAGCUAUGGAUGCUAUAUUUGUAAACAGCUGUCUGAGAUCACAGCUAUAGACUUGUGGACAGCUGUCUGAUAUAACAGCUAUAGAUUUGUGGACAUCUGUCUGAUAUCACAGCUAUAGAUUUGUGGUCAGCUGUCUGAUAUAACAGUUAUAGAUUUGUGGUCAGCUGUCUGAGAUCACAGCUAUAGAUUUGUGGACAGCUGUCUGAUAUCACAGCUAUAGAUUUGUGGUCAGCUGUCUGAGGUCACAGCUAUAGAUUUGUGGACAGCUGUCUGAUAUCACUGCUAUAGACUUGUGGACAGCUGUCUGAUAUAACAGCUAUAGAUUUGUGGACAGCUGUCUGAGAUCACAGCUAUAGACUUGUGGACAGCUGUCUGAUAUAACAGCUAUAGAUUUGUGGACAUCUGUCUGAUAUCACAGCUAUAGAUUUGUGGUCAGCUGUCUGAUAUAACAGUUAUAGAUUUGUGGUCAGCUGUCUGAGAUCACAGCUAUAGAUUUGUGGACAGCUGUCUGAUAUCACAGCUAUAGAUUUGUGGUCAGCUGUCUGAGGUCACAGCUAUAGAUUUGUGGACAGCUGUCUGCAUCAGAUAUCACAGCUAUAGAUUUGUGGACAGCUGUCUGAUAUCACAGCUAUAGAUUUGUGGACAUCUGUCUGAGAUCACAGCUAUAGAUUUGUGGACAUCUGUCUGAUAUAACAGCUAUAGAUUUUUGGACAGCUGUCUGAUAUAACAGCUAUAGAUUUGUGGUCAGCUGUCUGAUAUAACAGCUAUGGAUUUGUGGUCAGCUGUCUGUGAUCACAGCUAAAUGUUUAUAUUUGUAAUCAGCUUUCUGAGAUGUUGAUAUGCAAGAUAAAGAUGCAUGGUGUAUGUUGAUGAACGGUGUUGGAAAUUGCACAGCUAAACUAAAAUAUCUUAGAUUACAUGACAAGAGAUUGUGUAGAAUUAAUGUGGUACAGUUUUAGUUAUUGGUGAUGACAAGGCCAUAUAAAGGCAUAAAAUGUGUUAGUGUGUAUGAUGUCAUCUCUAAAAGGGUGAUCGAACCAUUUCUGUCAUUUAUCUACGAUCCUGUUAAAUCCACAGGAAGAGAUUUCCAAGGAGUACUAAUGUGUAUUUCGUGAGGUCAGGAUGUUGUAGUUGAGUGUGUACGUAGUGAGGUCAGGAUGUUGUAGUUGAGUGUUUAAGUUCCUGUGGAAGCCUGUGUAUAUAGUGAGGUCAGGAUGUUGUAGUUGAGUGUUUAAGUUCCUGUGGAAGCCUGUGUAUAUAGUGAGGUCAGGAUGUUGUAGUUGAGUGUGUACGUCCCUGUGGAAAUUCUGUGUAUUUCGUGAGUUCAGGAUGUUGUAGUUGUGUACGUCCCUAUGAUGCUUCCUUUAAACAGGAAAAGAUUAAUCUGCACACUUAAUAAUUGUUAUAACAAAAUGUGUUAAACACUUUACUAAUUUAAGAAUCAGGAAUGGUUGUAGCCUCAGCUGGUGUCCUUAUUCUUCAACGUAUCUCUUACUCCAGAUAUUGUAUUAUUGUUAUAUACACAUAUAUUAGGUACUCAACUGAACCGUGAAUUUAAUCAGGUGGUUCAUGUAAAGGACUUUAAGGAUUAAGCUAUUAAGUAUUUACUAUAAUACCUAUAACUGGUUUUGUGAUCUGUUGUGAUAUUUUUUCCUCAAUAUAUAGGCAGGUUUACUUUUCAUUCCAUAUACAAAUUGUAACAUUUUUUGGAAAAUGAAGAAUUAUCAAGGCAGUUCAAUUUUUUUUUUAUAUUAAUUGCUUUUGUUUUUGUUAUAUUUAUUUGUGCAAUAUUUGUUUGCAGAUGAAAUAAUUACAAUCUCAGUAUUUACAUGGUACAUAUUGAUAUACAUGUAUAUCUUACCUGCCAAAUAUCCCCAUGAAUAUACUACGUACAGUAUACAUAGUACUAAUUCUAUUAAACAUGUCAUUUUUGCUCAUAACUGGAUUGAAGAAAUUUCAUCAAAAUGAAUUAAAAUAUAAAAACAAAAAAUCUUAUAGGACUGCAAUCAGACAAAAUGCACAAAUUAGGAAAAAUAUUCAUAUCUUUAAUAAUAAAUUCUAAUUAAUAUUUAUACAUAAUUAAGUUAACAAGUCCCUAACCAUUUAAGAUUGAUCUAUGAUUAUAGUCCCGAUUCGUCUCCACCUACACAGAGAUAGGUCGUACGUAACCCUCUUUUGGUUGAUGAGGAAAAAAAUCAAUAUUAGCCAUGCUUAUUGGAUAUUUUAAUCACCAAGGAUCACGAAAGCUCUCCAUCAAGUUUUUAAUUAUUGACAAAACCAUAUACUCUAUCUUCGACAGACUAUUGGACAGAAAAUUUCAGUGUAUGAUAAGAUGAAGAGGAACUGAACAUGUUAAUGAUGACAGUUCGGUUGACGUCAGUUGUCGUUACUGUUUCAAUAUCUAUUAUAGAAUCACCACUAAAAAUUGACAUGGCUUAAUUUGCAGUAUUUAAAGAGCUUACAGAGAAUGCACACUAAUCUGUAUGUCAGGGUGUGCUGUGGGAGAUUUAUUGUAUAGAUCUGUAUGUCAGGGUGUGCUGUGGGAGAUUUAUGGUAUAGAUCUGUAUGUCGGGGUGUGCUGUGGGAGAUUUAUUGUAUAGAUCUGUAUGUCGGGGUGUGCUGUGGGAGAUUUAUUGUAUAGAUCUGUAUGUCGGGGUGUGCUGUGUGAGAUUUAUUGUAUAGAUCUGUAUGUCGGGGUGUGCUGUGUGAGAUUUAUUGUACAGAUCUGGAAGUCAGGGUGUGGUGUGUGUGAGAUUUAUUGUACAGAUCUGGAAGUCAGGGUGUUGUGUGCAUGAACGGAUGGCAGUAGCAAAUUACUUGUAGUUGCUGAGUAUAAGCCAUCUUCAGUUGUGAAAAUUAUUAUUAUUUUUUUCAAAUUAGAAGUAUUCCAAAUUCCAUUGGCAUAUAUAUAUAUUCCCGAGUAUUCCAGAUGUUUGGGUGAUGGCUAACAGCCUCAUCAUGUACAGGUAGGAACCCCUUGAAUCUGUCUCUACAUGGUCUCUGUAUUAAUUUUACAUGCUACAGGUAUAUAAUGAGGUUGUGCAUUAAUAUUUACGUGUAAACAUAUUUUAUGAUGAGAUAUAUAUAAUAUGGAAUCUCAUUUUAUUUAUCAUUGCAAAUUGGACAUUAUUUGUUACUGGUAUUUAUUGUAUUGAUGGUUAUUGCAGAUCCCAAGUUUUCAGAUCAGAAAUCUGUACUAAAUACUGUACUGUGAAUAUUUUGUUUCCAUAUUCGUUAAGCUCCUGGACGGAAUCUCCUUUAUUUCCUGUAUAUCAUGACCUAUGAAUCACUUACGAUCACACUUAAUAACAUAGCUCCCUCCAGGUCUAAAAUGUCAGUACAUGUUCUUGCUACCUCUACAGGUAUGUCUGUAAUCUCUGUACACUAAAAAUACACCAUGUACACUAAAAAUACACCAUGUACACUAAAAAUACUGGCUUGAAGAGAGGGAUGUCACACCCUAUACAGAUUACAGAGAGGGAUGUCACACCCUAUACAGAUUACAGAGAGGGAUGUCACACCCUAUACAGAUUACAGAGAGGGAUGUCACACCCUAUACAGAUUACAGAGAGGGAUGUCACACCCUAUACAGAUUACAGAGAGGGAUGUCACACCCUAUACAGAUUACAGAGAGGGAUGUCACACCCUAUACAGAUUACAGAGAGGGAUGUCACACCCUAUACAGAUUACAGAGAGGGAUGUCACACCCUAUACAGAUUACAGAGAGGGAUGUCACACCCUAUACAGAUUACAGAGAGGGAUGUCACACCCUAUACAGAUUACAGAGAGGGAUGUCACACCCUAUACAGAUUACAGAGAGGGAUGUCACACCCUAUACAGAUUACAGAGAGGGAUGUCACACCCUAUACAGAUUACAGAGAGGGAUGUCACACCCUAUACAGAUUACAGAGAGGGAUGUCACACCCCAUACAGAUUACAGAGAGGGAUGUCACACCCCAUACAGAUUACAGAGAGGGAUGUCACACCCUAUACAGAUUACAGAGAGGGAUGUCACACCCUAUACAGAUUACAGAGAGGGAUGUCACACCCUAUACAGAUUACAGAGAGGGAUGUCACACCCUAUACACAUUACAGAGAGGGAUGUCACACCCCAUACAGAUUACAGAGAGGGACGUCACACCCCAUACAGAAUACAGAGAGGGAUGUCACACCCUAUACAGAUUACAGAGAGGGAUGUCACACCCUAUACAGAUUACAGAAAGGGAUGUCACACCCUAUACAGAUUACAGAGGGAUGUCACACCCUAUACAGAUUACAGAGAGGGAUGUCACACCCUAUACAGAUUACAGAGAGGGAUGUCACACCCUAUACAGAUUACAGAGAGGGAUGUCACACCCUAUACAGAUUACAGAGAGGGAUGUCACACCCUAUACAGAUUACAGAGAGGGAUGUCACACCCUAUACAGAUUACAGAGAGGGAUGUCACACCCUAUACAGAUUACAGAGAGGGAUGUCACACCCUAUACAGAUUACAGAGAGGGAUGUCACACCCUAUACAGAUUACAGAGAGGGAUGUCACACCCUAUACAGAUUACAGAGAGGGAUGUCACACCCUAUACAGAUUACAGAGAGGGAUGUCACACCCUAUACAGAUUACAGAGAGGGAUGUCACACCCUAUACAGAUUACAGAGAGGGAUGUCACACCCUAUACAGAUUACAGAGAGGGAUGUCACACCCUAUACAGAUUACAGAGAGGGAUGUCACACCCUAUACAGAUUACAGAGAGGGAUGUCACACCCUAUACAGAUUACAGAGAGGGAUGUCACACCCUAUACAGAUUACAGAGAGGGAUGUCACACCCUAUACAGAUUACAGAGAGGGAUGUCACACCCUAUACAGAUUACAGAGAGGGAUGUCACACCCUAUACAGAUUACAGAGAGGGAUGUCACACCCUAUACAGAUUACAGAGAGGGAUGUCACACCCUAUACAGAUUACAGAGAGGGAUGUCACACCCUAUACAGAUUACAGAGAGGGAUGUCACACCCUAUACAGAUUACAGGGAGGGAGGUCACACCCUAUACAGAUUACAGAGAGGGAUGUCACACCCUAUACAGAUUACAGAGAGGGAGGUCACACCUUAUACAGAUUACAGAGAGGGAUGUCACACCCUAUACAGAUUACAGAGAGGGAUGUCACACCCUAUACAGAUUACAGAGAGGGAUGUCACACCCUAUACAGAUUACAGAGAGGGAUGUCACACCCUAUACAGAUUACAGAGAGGGAUGUCACACCCUAUACAGAUUACAGAGAGGGUUGUCACACCCUAUACAGAUUACAGAGAGGGAUGUCACACCUUAUAAUUCAUUACACAUACUGUACCAAGGCUAUUUGUGGAAGCCUAUUUAUAUCUCCCUGCACAUUUUGUUACUACAUAUACCCAUAAGAAGUUUUUUAUAACACUUCUGAAUUGUACUUCUUGUGUCUGCAGAUGAGCUGAUUUCAAAUCAUUUACAACCUUUCAAGUUAAAUAUAUAUACAUUUAAAAUUCUGCCUCUCCUACCAUUUUCUAUAAACAAUAAUUACCAGUAACAGUUUUGUGGGUUGCAUAUUGUUGACUUUUGUUGAAUUUCAUUAAAUCAUGUAUUGUGAUUAUUUAUUAGAAGGUGGACACAUUAUUUAUGUAUCCAAGUUUUAUUUCUAAUAUAUUUUACCUUUUUUAAAUUUGUUUUUUGUUAUCAAAUUCAGACUGUACUGUCAGUUUGUGUUAUAUUGAUUUUAAAUAUAUUGUGUUCAUACAGUAAUUUCCAUUCCAUUUAUUUGUUUUUUUCUCUUGCAUAAUGAAUGUGCAUAAUUCCAAAUAUGUGUAUUGAAUUACAUGUAUAUAUAUGUAUAUUUUCAUAUGGAAGUAAAAUAGCUUUAAAAUCUGCACUUUCCAUGACAUCAUAAGUUUGAUUCUGAGAUAUGGUGACGGUGGAUUUUUCAUUUUUCAAAUCAUAACAUUUUUUAAUUUAACAUGUUCUUAUAGCCAACUUAACUUGGAUUAUAGUUGUAGUACAUAAGAGUGUAUGAAUGGCUUUAAAAUCAUGUGGUAUCGUUGGUAGAUAUCAUCCCCUGUAGAGAUAUAUAUAGAGGACCACGGUCAUACUGCUGUAAAUGAUUUAAAAUGUAUUGCCUUCAAGUUCAUUCUGGUAUGAAAAUGUUAUCUCUAACAAAGAUGGAGUUUUUAACAUAUGUCAAUAUCAAUUUGUGUAUAUGAUUUAUCUCCCUUUAUCUCUGAGGUGUCUGUCAUUAACAUUCAUUAUAAAGUAGGAUGGUAGACAGUUUGGUAUUCCAUUAUAAAAUAGGAUGGUAGACAGCUUGGUAUACCAUUAUAAAAUAGGAUGGUAGACAGCUUGGUAUACCAUUAUAAAGUAGGAUGGUAACACAGUUUGGUAUACCAUUAUAAAGUAGGAUGGUAGACAGUUUGGUAUACCAUUAUAAAGUAGGAUGGUAGAGAGUUUGGUAUACCAUUAUAAAGUAGGAUGAUAGACAGCUUGGUAUACCCUUAUAAAGUAGGAUGGUAGACAGUUAGGUACAUGUAUACCAUUAUAAAGUAGGAUGGUAGACAUCUUGGUAUAUCAUUAUAAAGUAGGAUGGUACACAGCUUGGUAUACCAUUAUAAAGUAGGAUGGUACACACUUUGGUAUACCAUUAUAAAGUAGGAUGGUACACACUUUGGUAUACCAUUAUAAAGUAGGAUGGUAGACAGUUUGGUAUACCAUUAUAAAGUAGGAUGGUAGACAGCUUGGUAUACCAUUAUAAAGUAGGAUGGUACACACUUUGGUAUACCAUUAUAAAGUAGGAUGGUAGACAGCUUGGUAUACCAUUAUAAAAUAGGAUGGUAGACAGCUUGGUAUAUCAUUAUAAAGUAGGAUGGUACACACUUUGGUAUACCAUUAUAAAGUAGGAUGGUAGACACUUUGGUAUACCAUUAUAAAGUAGGAUGGUAGACAGUUUGGUAUACCAUUAUAAAGUAGGAUGGUAGACAGCUUGGUAUACCAUUAUAAAAUAGGAUGGUACACACUUUAGUAUAUCAUUAUGAAGUAGGAUGGUACACACUUUGGUAUACCAUUAUAAAUACAAUUUUUUAAUUCUAAUGUGUCCAUUACUCACCCUACUACCUGUCAAAUCAAAUUUCAUGUUUAAAGAUUAAAAUCAUCAAAGCUAGUUAUGUGUAGAGUAUGUGUAUUUGUUUAAAUAAUGAUAUUGUACCAAUCUUCAUUUUGAGGUGGUGGGGAACAUUGCAAUAUUAUACAUAUAUAUCAUUUCAGUUUGUUCUGUUGAUUCUUUAUUUUAUACAUACUGUAUACAUACAUCGGUUUGACAAAGCGCCAUGCUCUAGAGUUCUCAGUGUUUAAUCCUGAUGGAAAUCCAAACGAAAUCCAACAAGUAUUUAAAUCUAUCAAAUGUUAUAUCAAUAAAAAAUGUAUUUAUGUUA